GGAAAUGGAAGAGGCAUUGCUGGUGUGUUCAUCAGAUGAAAUGAUAUUAAUGGGUCCAGAAGUAGAGUGCAUGAGAGGGAACUUCUUCUCAAAAUUACCAGAGAAGCUGCGGGGAGGCAUUGAUCCCCAAACGCCCUUCUUUCUUGAUCUCUCUAAAACCUCCGGUUUAAUUCAAGGAGAGAAAGAGUACUAUGAAAAGCAGAUUGCCACUUUAAAGUCAUUUGAAGAAGUCGAUUCCUUGGACUCCUCCUCCUCUAACCAUGGAGGCCAAGAAGAGGAAGAAGAAGAAGAAGAACAAGGCCGGAAAGAACAGGCCCGACAUGAAAUGGCUAUGUCCAUCUCUAAUUACGCAAACAUCCUUUUGCUCGCUUUUAAGGUUUACGCCACCGUAAGGAGCGGGUCCCUCGCGAUAGCAGCGUCGACGCUCGACUCUUUGCUUGACUUGAUGGCAGGUGGAAUCCUGUGGUUCGCGCACUCGUCGAUGAAAAAUAUAAACAUAUACAAAUACCCAAUUGGGAAGCUGAGAGUCCAGCCAGUUGGAAUCAUCAUAUUUGCAGCCAUUAUGGCUACUCUUGGUUUUCAAGUGCUAGUGGAAGCAGUAGAGCAGCUGGUUAAAAGUGAGCCAGCAGAUAAACUGAGCUCACAGCAAUUGAUUUGGCUGUACACUAUCAUGCUCACAGCCACUGCUGUAAAACUCAUUCUAUGGAUUUACUGCAAGAGCUCCCGAAACGAGAUUGUCCGAGCAUAUGCGAAGGACCAUUAUUUCGACGUGGUAACAAAUGUUGUCGGGUUGGUUGCUGCUGUUCUUGGGGAUAGAUUCUUUUGGUGGAUUGAUCCCGUGGGAGCGAUAGUCCUCGCUGUCUAUACGAUUACCAAUUGGUCUGGCACUGUCCUCGAAAACGCAGUUUCACUAGUUGGACAAUCGGCUUCCCCAGAAGUUCUUCAGAAGCUAACAUAUAUGGUGCUGAGGCACGAUCCCAGAAUAAAACGAGUUGACACGGUCCGAGCCUACUCGUUUGGCGUUCUCUACUUCGUCGAGGUGGACAUUGAGCUCCCGGAAGAGUUGCCACUAAUUGAAGCGCACGCGAUUGGAGAGUCGUUGCAGAUUAAGAUCGAAGAGCUCCCCGAGGUGGAGCGUGCGUUUGUUCAUCUCGACUACGAGUGUGAUCAUAAGCCAGAACAUUCGGUUUUGAGUAGAAUCCCAAACACCACACCUUAACAUUGUGUGUGUGUGUGUAUUAGAUCAUCAUGUGUAUGCAUGUGAGGAGGUUGAGUUCUCACAAGAUGGAGAUCAUCUGUCAUUGUUGUUGGGAAGCUGAGGAUUCAAAUUCUAAGGGUAGGUUUGUCAUUAUUUAAUAGGAUGAACUGCAUUAGUGGCUUGAUAAGUAGUAUUGGUCAAAUUAAUCAUCUCACCUUAU